AGCAGGGCCGGAGAUGGCAUCGGUGGACUUCAAGACCUACGUGGAUCAGGCCUGCAGAGCUGCUGAGGAGUUCGUCAACGUGUACUAUACCACCAUGGAUAAGCGGCGGCGCUUGUUGUCCCGCCUGUACAUGGGCACAGCCACCCUGGUGUGGAAUGGAAAUGCUGUUUCAGGACAAGAGUCCUUGAGUGAAUUUUUUGAAAUGUUACCUUCUAGUGAGUUCCAAAUCAACGUGGUAGACUGCCAGCCUGUCCACGAUGAAGCCACCCCGAGCCAGACUACAGUCCUCGUUGUGAUCUGUGGGACAGUGAAGUUUGAGGGCAACAAGCAACGGGACUUUAACCAGAACUUCAUCCUGACUGCCCAGGCCUCACCCAGCAACACAGUGUGGAAAAUAGCAAGUGACUGCUUCCGGUUCCAGGACUGGGCCAGCUAGUGGAGGCAAGAAAGGUCUCUGUUUCAGUCCCAGCUCUGUAGGGAAACAUAGAUCUCAAAAUGUGGAGACACAAGUUCCUUUCUGUUACUCCAGGCCACACCACCCCAUCUUAACUUUGCAUUUUCUGGAGUCCCAUGAGCCCCUUUCUGAGC